AUGCAGUAUUCUCGAAGCGAGGGUGACUGGCAAGGACUGGUGAAUGAGUUCCUGGUGUGUAAGCGCAAGCUGGAGAGCAAAAAAGAGGCCCUUCUCAUUUUGUCCAAGGAGCUGGACACAUGUCAGCAGGAGCGAGACCAGUACAGGCUGAUGGCCAACCAGCUCCGAGAGCGCCACCAAGGACUCAAGGAGAAGUACAGGGAGCUCAUUGACGGUGACCCGUCAUUACCGCCGGAGAAACGCAAUCAAAUUAACCUUGCCCAGAUGCUGCGAGACUCCAAGCAGCGGGUCACGCAGCUCGGCGAGGAGACCAAGGAGCUGACCCAGCGGCUACUGGAAGCCCGAGGAGAUAACAAGCUCCUGCGAAUGACGAUCACUCGACAGCGGCUAGGGGACGACGAGGUGGGCGCGCGGCACUUCCCAGCGCAUGAACGUGAAGAUUUGGUCCAACGUUUGGAGCUAGCAGGCCAUCAGAUGGAAAAAAUGGAGCAAAACAUGAAGGCCUUGACGGAUGAGCUCCACGACGUGAAGGCAGAGCGUGGAGCGUACCGUGACAAGGCCGAGCGACUCAACGUGGAGCUCAACCACGUCCUGGGCAACCGGGAUUCGCGCAUCGUGGACGUGGAUGCGCUCUGCAUGGAAAACCGGUAUUUGCAGGAGCGCUUCACACAACUGCAAAAGGAAGUCAAUCUUCUGAAAUCCAACAUCAUGAAGUACAAGACUGCUCUGGAAAGGAGGAAAACCUCUAGUGGUUAUGAGAAGUCACACGGAAGCCCAAUCACGGGGAUCCUCUCAGCCCAACGAGUGGAGGAGAUGCUUUUGGAAGAGCGCGGCUGCAGCCUCCCGCCCACACCUCAGUCCAUUUCCGAUCUCAAAUCUUUGGCCACGGCCCUGCUGGAGACCAUCCACGAGAAGAAUCUCGUCAUCCAGCACCAGCGCCACACAAACAGGAUCCUCGGGAACAGAGUUGCUGACUUGGAAAGGAAGUUGAAGACGUUGGAGGUUUCUGGGUUUUGGAGUCUUCCAGGCCAGACCUACCGCGUGUCAGUGGGAAUUGGGAGGAGUCGGGACGAUGCGACGCCCAAUGAGCGCCUCCCACCGGAGCUUCAUCCGACGCCCGUGGCAUCUCAGCAGCUCCGUCCGCCCGCAGUGAUACCACACGACAGAAAUUCUCAUGAAUCAUUGUGGGAAUGCCAUACGGCCGGUUGCAACCUUGAUGCAGAUGGCGCACCGCCGACGGCAGCGCCGCAGAUGAACGGCACGGAAGGAGACCCGGCGACCACGACGCAUGAAGAGGGACGGAGUCCGGUGGAGGAGUCGGGGCGGGAGGCCGAAGAGGAAGACCCGGCGGCGACGGUGGAAGAGGGCGAGGAAGCUGCGGUGGCGCUGGACGCCCCGCAAGACCGAUCGCGCCCGUUCUGGCAGGACCGCAACUCCCAGGAUGCACCUAGAAACAUCAGAAAUCAGGUCGCGCAAAGUGACACGUGUCCUAACCUGGCCUAA